AUGGGUAAGUUGCUUUGAAAUUUCGUUGAAAUUGGUUUUGAAAUUUUGAUGACUUUAAGGGAGCUUCAGAUGCUAAAAAAAUUUGCCACAAUAGGCUGUCAUUAUGCUAUGUUUUGACAGUAUCCUCCAAGUUAUGUUUUUUUUUUGUAAAAUACGAUGUCCCCAACAUUGCUGUGGUUACUUGGCCACUUCUCGAGUCAACCAUGACAUUAGUGAGAGUAAUUGAGUCGUGCGCUGAAUCUCAUAGACUUUGGGCGUUGGAAAAGUCAUAUUGCUUUUACUGGCCCGUUCACAAAGUCGCUGGAGUGAUUUCGGCGACACGGACCGUGCUAAAUCAAAAGUUUUCUUUGCACAAAAAGUCCUUGGAAUUUUUUGCGACUUUGCACUCUGUAUGAACCCGAAAAAAGAUUUUGCACCGUGCACCCUGACCGACAAGUGCUUUUGUGCAGUGCGAUUUUGCGAUUUUGUUUUUUUGCACUAUGUCGCGCCCAAUCCCCGUUUUUCGGAGCGACAAAUCAAUUUUUCGGAUUGAUUUGCGCAACGGAAUUUCGGGGCCACGAAAAAUUCCAAGGAAUUUUUGGCUAGUAUUACAGCACCUCUGCCAAUUUUCAACAGAAAAAAUAAGUUUUAUUGCAGAAAGGUCAUUCUCAGUUUUAUCAAAAUAUAAGACAUGGAACAAACACAAAUUAUAACAACAACCCUAUUUCAGACAAGCUUGUAGCGCUUAUCCUGGUCCUUGCCUCUUUUGGCUUUUGCAUGCAAGUUAUUCAAGUCUCCAGUGGCCCAGAGCUGACGACGUGGAAGACUCGUUCUGAUCGACAUGUUGAGACAACUACCGCAAAGAUACCAACAACCCCAGACAGGUAUAUUGUUACGCCGAAAUGGUCGUCGAAUCAGCAAAUCAUUCUUAUCACCCCAACAAGACAAAGGCCCGAACGAAUGGCUGAUUUAACCAUGUAUGUAAAUUCAAUUCAGAAUUUGUAGAUAUCGUAUUUUACCUCGCUGCCUUUUUUACGAGAAGUUAGUUUAUCUGCGCUGCGAAGAAACAAUUUUUGGGCUAAAAAUUUUAAAAAUUAUGCUGAAGGAAUGAGGGAUUACUGUAGGGUCAGGUCAGCGAUGACUCAUAAAUGUACUGCGUGGAUAAUGCAAUGGAAAUGAAUGUAAUGCACUUCUAAUACCACCCACAGGGAAUACAAUGGAAUGAAAUAGGGAUAGGUUAGUUCAAAAUCAGAGCCAAAUUGGCUAAAAAACGUGCGUACAUCUUUGAAACAGCAAAUAUUUUUCUUUGGCCUCGACAGGUCAACUUGAGUUGGAAAUUCGGAUUACCUAAUUUUCUAGGUUUUGUCACGCUCUCUUAUACGGUAUCAUCCGUUUUUACGAAGCGCUUUUUUAAUCACUUCCCCUCUCCUUAAUUUUCUCUCACACAUAUCAGUCUGUCGGGAAAAUAAUGAGCCCUCUGUCGCACCGAUAAUCGCAUCGCUGCCGAGAAAAUGAAUUGGCUCGCAGCAAAAUCAUAUUGCUUUUCAAUUCAGCGACGCGGUCCGCGCAGCGACAUAACGCUCAUUAUUUUCCCGACAGACUGAUAUUAAAAACACGCCUUGAUCUACGUAUUCGCUUCAGGCUCUCUCAAACCCUCACCCACCUCCAAAAUAUUCAUUGGAUAGUCGUCGAAGACGGAGACGCGACCGUCCCCAUGGUCGAACAGCUUCUUCAGCGAACGAAUAUCCCUCACACCUAUCUACAAUCCACCAACAAUGGUCUGCCUUGCCGUGGUUGGGCUCAUCGCAACUUGGCAUUGCAAUAUUUGCGAGAAAAUCGUGCCAACUUCGCCAAAUAUGCUGUAAUAUAUUUCGCUGAUGAUGAUAAUGGAUACGAUCUUCGACUAUUCGAUAAUUAUGUCAGACAAGUCUGGAGAGUUGGGAUCUGGGCUGUCGGUAGGGAAUUUUGAUGGAUUCUUAGCAUAAAAUACGAAGAACAAAUUGGUUCUUUCUCAGGGCAAAAAGUCCUGAUAAUUUAUCAAAGCCCCGAAUUCUCUCGCAUUUUGAAAAAAAAAUGGUUUGUCGCUAUGAAAAAAUGUGAAUCGCGUAUGACGUUAGGAAAAAAAAUAAAAUAAAAAUGCACUGUGCAAAUCGUGUUUUUGGAUCAAAUGCACCGUGCAAAGCACUUUUUUUUUGAAUUGUUGCAGCGACACGCUAAAACCGCACAAAUUAUCACCACUUUUUGCCCCGAGGUACAAUUUUUUUCAGUUAAAAAAACGAUAUCAGUUUGUCGGGAAAAUAAUGAACGCUCUGUCGCUUUGCCGAUCGUAUCGCUGAAGUGAAAAAACAAUGUAAGGUUGCCACGACACAAUUUAUUUUCUCGGCGGCGAUGCGAUUUUCGAUGCGACAGAGGGCUUAUUAUUUUCCCGACAAACUGAUAGUUGAAAAUUUAGUCAUCAAGGAUGAUAUAAAUCCUUUUCAGGACUACCCGGAUUUGGCCUUCACGGCCCAGUUGAAGCGCCAAAAGUGGAAAAUUCAAGGGUGGUUGGGUGGCUAACAGCUUGGAGACCCGAACGAAAAUUCGCAACAGACAUGGCCGGAUUUGCCGUCAACUUGGAUUUGGUGUUGAAAUCGGGGUAAGUAACUUUUAAAAAGUUGCUUUUUUUGAUCAAAACCUCCCAUGCCCUUUCAAUCCACACAUUUUUUUAUCACAAUUUUGGCUCAUCCUUCCAAUUUCAGCGCCACAUUCAACCUGCAUUGCGCUGGAACAAUGCCGGAAGACUGUUUCCUCUCUCAACUCAACAUCACCAUGGAACAGCUGGAGCCUUUUGGCUACAACGAACCAAAAGAAAUCCUGGUGUGGCACCGAAAAACGGCCGAUUCCCAAUUUGUCGACCACUCCUCGUUUGGCUACAAUUUUGAGCAACGCCUCCCAAAGUCAAAGAAGUGCGAUCAGUUCUAUAAUAUUCAUGAUAUGGACUACGAAACAGUGGAAAAAAUUGCCAAGUCCGAGAAUUUAUAG